CUGUCACGGUCCACGGAGCACUUUCUUCCGUCUUCAUUCAACUUUUUCUUACUUUAUCACUUCAAACAAAAAUUUAUGCUUUUCGAAAAGACACAAACCUCACUAUCAAUGCCGCUCUCUCAUCGUUUCUGAUUCUGAGAGAGUGUGUGAGACGGACAUGGACGGAGGAGGAGGAGGAGCUGCGCACUACAACCCUCGAACUGUCGAAGAAGUCUUCCGAGAUUUCAAGGGUCGUCGAGCUGGCAUCAUCCAAGCUCUCACCACUGAUGUCGAAGAUUUUUUCCAGCAAUGUGAUCCUGAGAAGGAGAAUCUUUGCUUGUAUGGAUUCCCGAAUGAAGUUUGGGAAGUUAACUUACCAGCUGAAGAGGUUCCACCAGAGCUCCCCGAACCUGCACUCGGCAUCAACUUUGCCAGAGAUGGAAUGCAGGAAAAAGACUGGCUUUCUCUCGUUGCUGUCCACAGUGAUGCGUGGUUACUAUCUGUGUCCUUUUACUUCGGUUCAAGAUUUGGUUUUGAUAAAGCUGACAGGAAGCGCUUGUUCAAUAUGAUAAAUGAGGUUCCUACUGUAUUUGAAGUUGUCACUGGAAAUGCGAAAAGACAAACAAAGGAAAAACCCUCUUCAGCAAAUCAAAAUGACAACAGAUUCAAGUCAAAUUCAAAACUGAGAGGUUUAGAUGGCAAAAGUUCAAAGACGAUACAGGCCAAGGAAGAGGAACAAGGAUCAGAGGAAGUGGAAGUGGAAGAGGAAGAGGAAGAGGAAGAGGAAGAGGAUGAAGAUGAACAUGGUGAAACCCUGUGUGGAGCUUGUGGAGAUAACUAUGCUUCUGAUGAAUUCUGGAUUUGCUGUGACAUGUGCGAGAAGUGGUUCCAUGGGAAAUGUGUGAAGAUCACUCCUGCUAGAGCUGAGCAUAUCAAGCAUUACAAAUGCCCUUCUUGCAGCAACAAAAGAGCACGACCCUAAACGUUUAUCCCACUAGUCUUAGCUAUGUAUCUACCUAUCCCCCAAAUUGUACAAUGCACUUAAGUCUGUUUGUUGUUCCUGAGUUCCCACAUAGUUACUUUGAAGCAUGUCCAGAUUUGAUUUCUCAUCCCCAACUCUGUAUAACUCAACUUGUAGUCUUUCAGUUUUCAGUAUUUGAUAA